ACAGAAGCAAAGACAUAGACAUAAUGACGACGAGUUGUACUGUGGAAUCCUGUACAGUUGAAACCAGCGACGGCGUGAAGCUUCACACGCGAAUCUUCAAACCCAUACGAGAGUCCGAGGAUAAUUUGGUAAUUGUUCUCGUUCAUCCCUACUCAGUCUUGGGUGGUUGUCAAGCGUUGUUGAGAGGAAUCGGAACUGGGUUAGCAGAGAGAUGUUACAGAGCUGUUACCUUCGACAUGCGAGGGGCGGGUAAAUCCACCGGGAGAGCUUCUCUCACGGGUUCUUCCGAAAUCCGUGAUGUUAUCGCUAUUUGCAAUUGGGUUUGUGAAAACAUGUCCACUGAUAGGAUUUUGUUGGUGGGUUCUUCUGCAGGUGCUCCAAUUUCGGGAUCUGCAGUUGAUCAAGUACAAGAAGUCGUGGGCUAUGUGAGUCUGGGUUACCCCUUUGGUAUGCUUUCUUCAAUCCUCUUCGGGAGACACUACAAAACCAUUUUACAGUCCCCAAAACCAAAACUCUUUGUUAUGGGAACCAGCGAUGGGUUUACAAGUGUCAAACAGCUAGAGAAUAAGCUGAAAUCUGCAGCUGGACGAGUUGAAACCCAUCUACUUGAAGGAGUAGGACACUUUCAGAUGGAAGGCCCCAGUUACGAUUCUCAGAUGGUGGAUCUGAUUCUUCAGUUCAUUACAUCCUUGUGAUACCAGUUGGCAGUUGCAGAACACACAUCGUAGCAGAUGGUUACAGAAUAUAGGAUUUAGUGUGUAGACGAUUUCUGGGUUAGGUUUAGAAAAUGAGAUUCAUCUGUGCCC